AUGAAGAAUGUGUUGUCAGCUCUCACUGGGAAGGACCACGGCAGUGCCGGCUUGGGGACAAAGAGGCUGCACAUAGCAGAACAUGGAGGAUGUGGACCUAGCUCCUCCUCCUCCUCCUCCGCGCACGCCUUGCGCUACUUCUUCACGGGGGUUUCGGAGCCGGGGCAGGGGCUGCCCGAGUUCAUCAUCGUGGGCUACCUGGACGACCAGCGCUUCGUGCAGUACGACAGCCACACCAGGCGGGACCUGCCCCAGACCCCCUGGAUCGAGGAGGCCGAGAAGGACGACCCCUACUACUGGGACUGGCAGACCCACCUCUCCCGCAACUGGGAGCUCUUCUUCCGCGUCAGCCUCUGGAGCCGCCACAACGACAGCCACGGGCUGCACACCUGGCAGUGGAUGCACGGAUGUGAACUCUCCAAGGAGGGGCGCAAAAGGGGCUACUCCCAGUUUGCCUACGAUGGGAAGGACUACCUCAGCCUGGACAAAGAGACCCUCACCUGGACGGCCACCGACAGCCGGGCCCAGGUGACCAAGCGGAGGUGGGACACGGACCGGGUCUGGACCGAAGGGCGCAGGAAUUUCGUGGAGGGGCGCUGCGUGGAAUGGCUGCAGAAGUACCUGGACUACGGGAAGGAGACCCUGCUGAGGAGAGAGCCUCCCGUGGUGCGGGUGGGGCGCCGGGUGGCCCACGACGGCCUGGAGCGCCUCGUCUGCCGGGCCUACGGCUUCUACCCCAGGGAGAUCGAUGCCGUCUGGAAGAAGGACGGGGAGGUCUGGUGGCAGGAUGCCUUCCACGGGGGAGUGGUCCCCAACGCGGACGGGACGUACCACACCUGGAUCAGCGUGACCAUCGAUCCCAAGGACCGGGCCCGCUAUCGGUGCCACGUGGAACACGACAGCCUGCCGGAGCCCGUGGAGCUGGCCUGGGAGGAAGCUGCCUCUGUGUGGCCGAUCGUGGGUGGCAUCGUGGGGGCUGCAGCUGUUGUUCUGCUGGCAGUCGGGAUCGUCUUCCUAAACCCUGAACGUCUGGGUCUGGGCGGCUGGAGAAGAAACGAGAGGAGGCCUACGCAGCAGCACCAGCCGGACUGCCUGUUGGAACCCCUGGAGGGCGUGGGGUGA